AGACCGAUGUUGGCAGCGGCUUUCUAAAAGCCCGUCUGCCUAUCCAGGUAUCUUGGCAUCUUCUCUUCACUUUUUACACUAGGAACCCGUUCUGUUGCUGUGCUUACCCGAGCCCAGCAGCAGGCGCGGCCUAGUUUGUCGUAAGACCUACGACACCCUCAACCACCAGUUGUCCCCCACGACAGAGCUCUGUUUGGAACCCUAACCUGUCCGGUUCGGGUUUCCUGCGGCUCCGUCGCUGUUUUACCAGUAGACAACUCAUCUGAUAAACAUGCUGAAGGCAUCGUGCAUCGGCGCCUUCUUGGUGCUUUGUGUCCUCGCCAGGGCCGACGGGCAAGAAAAAGAGUGCUACGAUAAGGUCUUGGCUAGUUAUGUGCCUGCUGGCCUGGUGUACUUUCCCUACGACGAUGACCCUUGCUACCAGUGCGAGUGCGUUGACGGAGGAGAGCCCAUAUGCUUUCAGAAGCAAUGCGAAGCGAUAGACAAGUGCCCGGAUGGAUCGGAUCCUUAUAUUGCCCCGGGCGAAUGUUGCGAGGCGUGUCCAGACGGCGCUGUCGUCAAAAAGAAAGAAGACGACAUCAACGAGGUUUCUCGGGGUGAGGAUGGUCGUUCUGAAUCAAGGGUAUCUGACGUCCAAAACCAACAAGCGGGUGGAAAGGCUGCUCCAGUCUACCCUGGUACCCCCGGAAUCUUCCAGUCUGGACCCCCUGGACCUCGAGGACCACCUGGCCCACCCGGUCCAGCUGGUCAACCUGGUUUCCAAGGCUCUCGUGGUGAACCCGGUGACCCCGGUCCACCUGGUUCCCCUGGUCAACGUGGAUUCCCCGGAAGUCCCGGUCCUCAAGGCCAAGACGGAGACGAAGGUGUACCCGGAGACCCCGGUCCACCCGGACCUAUCGGACCAAGUGGCGCCAAUGGAAACCCUGGUGUUUCUGGAAUGCCCGGACCCAAAGGACAUCGUGGAUUCCCCGGAAGACCUGGCAAAGAUGGUGAAGCUGGCCGUCAAGGAGAGAAGGGACCUGGUGGACCCCCUGGCCCCGCUGGAGGAGUUGGCCCUGCAGGCGCUCGUGGUGCCCCUGGUGAGAGAGGUCGCGAUGGAUCACCUGGUACACCCGGAGCUCGUGGUAACGACGGCGCACCUGGAAACUCUGGUCCAUCCGGCGCAACUGGACCACCCGGACCUCCUGGUUUCCCUGGUGCACCUGGUUCCAAGGGAGAUCGCGGUAACCCUGGAGAGAGCGGUGCUCUAGGUCCACCCGGCCCAGCAGGCUCCGAUGGUUCUCCUGGUGCCCCCGGCCCUGUGGGACAGCCUGGUAUUCGCGGAGAGGACGGAGCUUCCGGAUCUAAGGGAUCAACUGGACCUGUUGGUGCUUCUGGCUCACCCGGUUUCCCAGGACCCGUUGGUCCACCCGGAUCUGCUGGUCAGGCUGGCCCACCCGGAGCAAAAGGAGCUGACGGUCGCGAUGGAAUCAAUGGUGCACCAGGUGACCCAGGUCCCCAGGGUAGCCCAGGCAACCCAGGAGAGAGAGGACUUCCCGGUCUGCCAGGAUUGGAGGGCAAGCGUGGUCCAGCCGGAAGCCAAGGCCCACCCGGUCCUGCUGGCUCUCAAGGAGAAUCCGGAGCACCAGGAACCCCAGGUCUGGCAGGACGUCCCGGCCUUCCAGGUCCCCCCGGCCAAGAUGGUUCUCGUGGAGCCCCUGGUGAACGCGGAACUGCUGGAGCCCAAGGAAACCCAGGACAACAAGGACCCCCAGGACCAACUGGACCACGAGGUUCAACAGGCGCCGCUGGACAGCCCGGUAGUGCAGGUGAAGCUGGUCCUCCGGGUAACAACGGCUUAGAUGGAGCACCUGGCGAGCAAGGUCCACAAGGACAACAGGGACCUUCUGGUCUCCAGGGCCCACCUGGACCACGUGGUGAAGUCGGAUCUGAAGGACGCCCUGGAGCACCAGGCAACACUGGCCCACCUGGCCCACGUGGUGAGCGAGGACCCUCUGGCCAACCAGGCCCCCCUGGCCCAUCUGGCAGUCCUGGAGCUCAAGGUGAAAGCGGACCCCAAGGUGUUCCCGGUGAGGCAGGUUUCCAGGGUUUGGCAGGCCCACCUGGACUUCCUGGUGAGAACGGCCGUACUGGACCUGCUGGAUCCACAGGUCCAGCCGGAGAACCAGGCAUUCCUGGCGCAAGAGGAGAGCAAGGCUUCCCUGGCGAGCAAGGACAACAGGGACAGCGAGGCCCACCUGGCGAGAGAGGACCCUCUGGACCUGCAGGCGAGACCGGACAACCUGGACCCCCAGGCCCAGCAGGAUCUCGUGGUGACCCCGGCCCGGCUGGCAAUGUUGGUCUGUCUGGAGAGCGAGGUGUUCCUGGACGUGCAGGAGCUCGCGGAGCACCGGGACCCCAAGGAGAAUCUGGACGUGAUGGCGAAGCAGGACCCCCAGGUGAGGCUGGUCAGCCUGGACCUCCAGGUGUCCCAGGCCCCUCUGGACAAGUUGCCAACAAGGGAGACCGAGGCACACCUGGACCACCAGGUGAGGCUGGACCUCCCGGAUCUGCUGGUCGCCCUGGACCACCAGGUGCUUCAGGACCUCAAGGUGUUCAAGGAAUUGCUGGAACUCCUGGAGAAGCAGGUGCAUCAGGAGAAGCUGGACCCCCAGGAGCCAGAGGUGACCCAGGAGCACGUGGAUACCCAGGAGAACAAGGACCCGCUGGCGAGCCUGGAAUCCCAGGCAGUGACGGAUCCAAGGGAGAGACUGGCGAACAGGGCCCUGCUGGUGCUGCUGGACAACCUGGUCAGCCAGGUCCCCCCGGCGCUCCUGGACUCUCUGGUCCCCCUGGACCUGCUGGACAAAAUGGACCUCAAGGCAGACCCGGCGAGCGAGGAUCUUCUGGUGAGACUGGACCUCCAGGCAUCGGUGGUGAAGCUGGAAACCCUGGUCUGCCUGGCAGUGAUGGUGCUCCUGGUGAUCGAGGCCAACCCGGACAACCCGGACCACCUGGACCUUCAGGCGUAACCGGACCCCAAGGUGAGCGCGGUGCCCCUGGAUUCCCUGGCGCUGCUGGCGAGGCUGGACCCCCCGGAGCUGUUGGUGACCCCGGUGAGGCAGGUGAACGUGGUCAGGACGGCAAAGACGGACCUACUGGACCUGUCGGCCCACCUGGUGCACCUGGACCUGCUGGCUACCCUGGCGAGAGUGGACAACCUGGCGAGCGUGGACAAGAUGGAAGCCCUGGACUCCCCGGUCGUGCUGGUUCCAAAGGUGCCCGUGGCAAUCCCGGCCCACCUGGCCCACCUGGAAUUUCCGGACCUGUGGGCGCCCCUGGUAAUGCUGGAGGCCCUGGACCUGCUGGAGAGCGAGGCGAGAGGGGUGAGCGUGGAUCUCCUGGAAGCGCUGGACCUGUUGGACCCGCUGGACCAGCUGGCGCACAAGGUGCUCAAGGAGAACAAGGACGACGUGGAUCUUCCGGUGCUAAGGGUGACAAAGGAUGGCCUGGACUUCCUGGACCCAUUGGACCUCCUGGACCUGCUGGUGGAAACGGUGAGACAGGACCAUCCGGACCUCCUGGUCCUCCUGGACCAGCUGGAUCCUCUGGAGCACGUGGUUCACCUGGACGCAAUGGCGAGCCUGGACCUCAGGGACGACCCGGCCCAGCGGGACCUCGUGGACCUUCUGGUGAAGAUGGACCUUCUGGACAACGUGGCCCACCAGGCCCACCUGGACCACCCGGACCACCUGGUUAUGCUCCCGUCUAUCCUGGUCAACCAAGCUGGGGCCAGUCCAAGGGCCCUGACCCAUACCAAUACGACCAGCCUAUUGACACUGUUGAAGCAUACGAAGGUCUGAACUUUGCCCGCGAGGCCCUGACACGUCUUCGCAGACCAACUGGCAAGGCAACUACUCCUGGACAAUCAUGCAAGGACAUCAAGGCAGCCAACCCCGACUUCAAGAGCGGCGAAUACUGGAUCGAUCCUAACGAGGGCUCUGCAGUGGAUGCCAUCUUGGUUUACUGUCGUAUGGAGUCCAUGGAGACCUGCAUCAGACCCAGCCCAACCUUCUUCCCCAACCAGAGGUGGACAACGGAUACCCGUGCUGGUCAAUACUUCAUGGAUGACGUCAACAAGAACAAAGAGUUCUUCUACAAGACUGACUUCAGCCAGCUCAAGUUCCUGCAGAUGUAUUCUGACGGAGCCCGUCAGCGCGUGACCUACCACUGCCUCAACAGCCAGGCCUACGGCACCCGCCUCACCGCCUACACCGGCGACGAGCUGGACACUGUGGAGGGCCGCUUCAAGAGGACCACCUUCAUCGACGUCAACGAUGACUGCGUCCAAGACAACCAAUGGCACAGCGCCAUCUACGAUGUCCGCACCAACAAGACAGACAUCCUGCCAAUCACAGAUAUUCUUCUCUUUGACAUCGGCCGUCAGAACCAACAAUUCGGACUUGAGUUAGGAGAAGUGUGCUUCAGUUGAGCGUUCUUUAUAGGCCAAUAAUAAGAUAUUGACAGGGCGGAUAAAUCUGAUGACCAGGGGACCAGUAAUUUGUAGAGCACCAUAGGUGGACAACAACUGAAAACACAUAGUGUUUAGGGUCUUACAUAUCGAAAUCAUCAAAACAGCAGAGCUACUAAGACAAAUGGGAAUGGACUAGCAGGGAAGAGGGACUGUAGAGUUAAGUAGCUAGGUGGAAAGUGUUUAGGGCUUAUAUAUAUAGAUAGGUGUGGAUGUUGUGAAGUAUAUCAGAGUACGAAACAAUGUGAAUUCAAGUGCCUUAUCGUUUUCCGUCCAAUGAAUGCGUCAUCUCUGAAUGACACAAACUUGAGCAGCUGCUGUGUUUUAUUUUUUUUCUUCCCAUUUUUCAGUUUUGUUUAUUUUUCUUCAUUAUUCAUCCUGAAAAUGAACCAACCUAGUCAACAUCAAACAUUAAUACAUCUAACACUCAAAAGAAUGCCAUGAGUCGUUAAAGAAGUGCCAUGAUGACAUCCAGAAAAGUGUCAUUCGCUUGCAUUGUAAACUGUACACUCGCGACAGAACCAGGGUAGUAGAGAUAAGAUGGCCACAAACUUGCAAGCGCCAAGAAGAAAGAUUUAUUAUCAUGUUCGCAUCAUUGCCAACUGCUGUUGUGAAAAAGACAUAAAAAGGAAUAGAUGGUCCAUUGGCAUUUUAUGUUGUACAUAUUGUACUUUAAGGUAAAGAAGUAACAUAAUAAGGAUUCAAAUAUCUCGACCUGUUUCACUGCCAUCUUGACAUGAUCCAGACUUAUGUGAACGUAUAGUAACAUCGAAAUGACCACCAAAGAAGUAGAGAAACCUAAGAGUGAGUUGUGUUUGUCCUGUGUUGUUAUUGUUCGUGUAAAAAAACUAUAUGAUAAUAUGAAUCUUGGAUUGUUCGUACAAGUCUUCCAUUUACAGUGUUUGUCCAUUGUUCAUCGUCUGUCAAGCAUGUACGUCCGUAACACUGCGCCGCCAACUUGCAUUAUGUGAAAUAAAAAAGUAAAACGUCA